AUGCUCGGGGAUGGAAAAGAGGGAACAUCUACAAUCCCCGGAUUUAAUCAGAUACAAUUUGAAGGGUUUUAUCGGUUUAUUGAUCAGGCUAUGGGUUCGAAUCUAAGAGAAAUUCUAGAGAAUGUUUGCUACCCUGAAAUUUUCUUAUCUUUCUUGACCGAUAAGGAGAAAAAAAAAAAUUGGGUCAAAAGAAAAUGCUAUUUUGGAGUGGGGAUCCAAUAUUUUCUGAAUCCUUAUGUAAGGAAUUACAAAAAAAAUUCUUUCACCAAAGGAAGGAUUGGUCGCCGAAAUAUUAACUGGAGACUUAAUCUUAAUAUACCUCAGAACAAUAUAUUUUUGUUACCACGAGAUAUAUUAGCAGCUGCCGAUCAUUUGAUUGGGAUGAAAUUUGGAAUGGGUACACUUGAUGAUAUGAAUCAUUUGAAAAAUAAACGUAUUCGCUCUGUAGCGGAUCUUUUACAAGACCAGCUCGGGUUGGCUCUGGCUCGUUUAGAAAAUAUAGUUAAGGGAACUAUAGGCGGAGCAAUUAGGCAUAAAUUGAUACCUACUCCUCAAAAUUUGGUAACUUCAACCCCGUUAACAACUACUUAUGAAUCCUUUUUCGGAUUACACCCAUUAUCUCAAGUUUUGGAUCGAACUAAUCCAUUGACACAAAUCGUUCAUGGGAGAAAGUUGAGUUAUUUGGGCCCUGGCGGAUUAACAGGGCGAACUGCUAAUUUUCGGAUACGAGAUAUCCAUCCUAGUCACUAUGGUUGUAUUUGCCCCAUUGACACGUCUGAAGGAAUCAAUGUUGGACUUAUUGGAUCUUUAGCAAUUCAUGCCAGGAUUGGUGAUUGGGGGUCGUUAGAAAGUCCAUUUUAUGAACUCUUUGAAAAAUCAAAAAAAGCACGUAUACGGAUGCUUUUUUUAUCACCAAGUCAAGAUGAAUAUUAUAUGAUAGCGGCAGGAAAUUCUUUGGCUCUUAAUCAGGGCAUUCAAGAAGAACAGGCUGUACCAGCUCGAUACCGCCAAGAAUUUUUGACUAUCGCAUGGGAAGAGGUUCAUCUUCGAAGCAUUUUUCCUUUCCAAUAUUUUUCCAUUGGAACUUCCCUAAUUCCUUUUAUCGAACAUAAUGAUGCGAAUCGAACUUUAAUGAGUUCAAAUAUGCAACGUCAAGCAGUUCCACUUUCUCAGUCCGAAAAGUGCAUUGUUGGAACUGGAUUGGAACGCCAAGUGGCUUUAGAUUCGGGAGUUCCCGCUAUAGCCGAACACGAGGGGAAAAUCCUUCAUACUGACACUGAUAAGAUAAUUUUAUCGGGCAAUGGGGAUACUCUAAGUAUUCCAUUAAUUAUGUAUCAACGCUCAAACAAAAAUACUUGUAUGCAUCAAAAACCUCAGGUUCGGCGGGGUGAAUACAUUAAAAAGGGACAAAUUUUAGCGGAUGGUGCUGCUACAGUUGGUGGGGAACUCGCUUUGGGGAAAAAUAUAUUAGUGGCUUAUAUACCAUGGGAAGGAUACAAUUUUGAAGAUGCGGUACUCGUUAGUGAGUGUCUAGUAUAUGGUGAUAUUUAUACUUCUUUCCACAUACGGAAAUAUAAAAUUCAGACGCAUGUGACAACCCAAGGUCCUGAAAGGAUCACUAAAGAAAUACCGCAUCUAGAAGGCCAUUUACUCCGAAAUUUAGACAAAAAUGGAAUUGUGAUGCUAGGAUCGUGGGUUGAAACGGGUGAUAUUUUAGUAGGUAAAUUAACGCCUCAGGUGGCGAAAGAAUCCUCGUAUGCUCCGGAAGAUAGAUUAUUACGGGCCAUAAUUGGCAUUCAGGUAUCGACUUCAAAAGAAACUUGUUUAAAAUUGCCUAUAGGUGGUAGAGGUCGAGUUAUUGAUGUGAGAUGGGUUCAGAAAAAGGGGGGUUCAAGUUAUAACCCAGAAAUAAUUCGUGUAUAUAUUUCACAGAAACGUGAAAUCAAAGUAGGUGAUAAAGUAGCUGGAAGACAUGGAAAUAAAGGUAUCAUUUCAAAAAUUUUGCCUAGACAGGAUAUGCCUUAUUUGCAAGACGGGAGACCCGUGGAUAUGGUCUUCAACCCAUUAGGAGUACCCUCACGCAUGAAUGUAGGACAGAUAUUUGAAUGCUCGCUUGGGUUAGCGGGAAGUCUGCUAGAUAGACAUUAUCGAAUAGCCCCUUUUGAUGAGAGAUAUGAACAAGAGGCUUCGAGAAAACUAACCAGUAAGCAAACAUCGAAUCCAUGGGUAUUUGAACCCGAGUAUCCAGGAAAAAGCCGAAUUUUUUAUGGAAGAACAGGAGAUCCUUUUGAACAGCCUGUGAUAAUAGGAAAGCCUUAUAUCUUGAAAUUAAUUCAUCAGGUUGAUGAUAAAAUACACGGACGUUCUAGUGGACAUUAUGCACUUGUUACACAACAACUCCUUAGAGGCCGUUCUAAGCAGGGGGGGCAGCGGGUAGGCGAAAUGGAGGUUUGGGCUCUAGAGGGAUUUGGUGUUGCUCAUAUUUUACAAGAGAUGCUUACUUAUAAAUCUGAUCAUAUUAGAGCUCGCCAAGAAGUACUUGGUACCACUAUCAUUGGAGGAACAAUACCUAAACCAGAAGAUGCUCCAGAAUCUUUUCGAUUACUUGUUCGAGAACUACGAUCUUUGGCUCUGGAACUGAAUCAUUUCCUUGUAUCUGAGAAGAAUUUCCAGAUUAAUAGGAAGGAAAGUGGAAUUUGCGCUUGUGGAAAUUAUCGAGUGAUCGGAGAUGAAAAAGAAGACCCGAAAUUUUGUGAACAAUGUGGAGUUGAAUUUGUUGAUUCUCGGAUACGAAGAUAUCAAAUGGGAUACAUAAAACUGACAUGUCCUGUAACUCAUGUAUGGUAUUUGAAACGUCUUCCUAGUUAUAUUGCGAAUCUUUUAGAUAAACCUCUUAAAGAAUUAGAAGGCCUAGUAUACUGCGAUAUUAAGAAUGAUAAACUCUCAUCCCCUUCAAUCAAUUUGGGAUGCCCUCGAUCUGACAUGUCUCUUUUCUUUAAAGGAGUAACAUGA